AUGUCUUUUGGCCAGACUGACCUGGCCAGCAUGACAUUUUUAAACAACGCGGCAAAGAUGCGGUCCUGGCUCUCGUUUCUAAGACGAGCAAAAAUAACUGAGCCUACAAUUCACCACUACCUGAAGAAUGUGGCUCAGUUUCUACAGUUUGUCAACGAAACCCCUCCGCCCACAUGCCGGCUCUCCCGCGUCUCCUUGUUUGGCCUCAGAAGGGAGAUCCAGUCCAUCAUCCGCCCGGUAAGGCGCAGCGUGGCGGUCCACCAGGUGGCUGUGAAACAGGCCAAGGAGGGCCGCCUUAUUUCCAAAGCCACGCUGCGUGCUUGCCGGGAGGCAGCCAAGAAGAGGAUCCCUGAGAUUUUGAAUCGCCUCGAGACAGCAGUGGAGAAGAAAGACCAGUGGUCUUUUUAUGGGCACCUCACCGCGUAUUGGGCCAGUAUUUAUGGACACCGCGGUGGGGUGUUCCAGAACCUUACCAUUAAGGAGGUGGAGGACUCCAGGAAGACCGUAACUGAGGACAAAUUUGUCAUCAACAUAUCGGCCCACAAGACCAACCAGGCCUUCGGUCCCGCCCAGCUGGCCCUUGACCAGGAAGAAUAUGGGUGGCUUCAGCAGUUUCUUUCACUGAGGUCCACCUUGGUGGGUGGCAAAAACGCCCACUACUUUUUUUUCACAUCCAAACUCAGCUCCUGCAAGAACCUCAAUCAGUAUUUUCAGGAGGCUUGGAGAUCGAUGGGCUUGCCUGGGACGCCCACGUUCACCGAUUUGAGAACCUCCAUCGCUACCCACCCGAAGAACACCCACUGCCCAGAGAACAGGCACAAAGUGGCACAGUUUAUGUGCCAUGACACCUCCAUGGCUGACAGGUUCUACGCUUUGAACCUCGAUGCAAAGCAGGCGGCGGAGCACCGCCACCUGUUUGAGGCAGCCUUGGAAGGUAAGGAUGGGGCGCCAGAGCCUGGGACGCCAAAGCGCCCCGCUAAACCGCGCAAGCGGCCGGCCAGCCAGUCCCCCUCCGCCAGCCUGUUGUCCUCUGCCAGCCCUCCCCAUGGUGAAGCAAGCCCAGAGUCCAGGGAGUCUGCUUCGGCGGCGGAGCACCGCCACCUGUUUGAGGCAGCCUUGGAAGGUAAGGAUGGGGCGCCAGAGCCUGGGACGCCAAAGCGCCCCGCUAAACCGCGCAAGCGGCCGGCCAGCCAGUCCCCCUCCGCCAGCCUGUUGUCCUCUGCCAGCCCUCCCCAUGGUGAAGCAAGCCCAGAGUCCAGGGAGUCUGCUUCGGAGAGAGACCCAGAAACCCCAGAAAUAAAGAGGCGCCUCAACCCGAAGAAGACCUUGGGACAAAAGUUUUCACCGUUUGUGCGGCUCUCCCCACUUAAAUCGCCACCGCAACAACAGGCUGCGCAAAAACACUUGGGACUGGCAAGAAGGAGACUGAGGGUCUCUCAAAAGCCCCUUUUGUAA